AUGCCGUGUAAAUUCCAAAUUCGAGAUGGCUCAAUUAAUGAGUUCCUGUUCACCUGGCAGGAAGUAGCAGCCCAGACGAAACUCGUCCAGAAAUCAUCUCCAACCGCCCUGGCAUCCAAGUGCCUUCGCUACUCUCCUCCUCUUCCUCGUGCUGGAGCACGACACAGGAGUAAGAAGCACAUCAUGGAAAACAUACAACGAAAAGAAAACGAGGACUCUUCGCAUUCUGAAAAUAGUGACGCAGAAGUUUCAAACGCUAAAGGACUCUCGGCUUAUGAACUGGAGCGUCUGGAGAAUAUCAGAAAGAAUCAAGCCUUCCUCUCCUCUCUCAAACUGUUUCAGGCAUCCAAAGACUUAAAGCAAUCGUCAGCCAGACGGCAGCCAUCGAAGAGGGGGCUGACAAGGUGCGGGAAACCCCCAGUCGUCCUCCCAUCUCGGAGGUCCCUGCGUCUCCAAAACAAACAAGCAGAGGUCCUCACUCUUCCCCCAGAACCUAGAGAAACAGAAGUCGUGAAGCAGACCAAGAAGCCCCCGGGUCCUCUGCCUAUGGAGCCAGUCAACAUGGCCGAAGGAAGCCCGCUCCCACCUCAAUUUCUUCAACUCUGCUCAGAGGUGUCUCCCAGAGAAAGAGGAGUGGAACUCGAUUUGAAAGAGUACUGCUCUUUGCUGAAGAAAAUGAGGAUAAGUGAAGACCAAGUGGCCAAAGUUGUGAAGGAGCGCAUCUUCUCGGCAGCCUUCCAUCCCGCCUCCACGAGCCUCCUCAUGGCUGCGGGUGACAAGUAUGGGAAAGUGGGCAUUUGGAGUGUGGGUGUUGACUGGGGUGAGGACGGCGUUUUGCUGUUUGAGCCCCACACUCGCCCGGUGGGCUGUUUGGCCUUCUCCAAGGCGCACCCCGCUCAGCUGCUGAGUCUCAGCUAUGAUGGAUCCUUGCGCUGCAUGGAUGUGGAGAAGGGCGCUUUUGAUGAUGUGUACAGCAUUGAAGACGGCCUAAAAACCUUUGACUUCCUGUCACAUGACUGUGCGACACUCGUGGUCGGAGACUGGUAUGGAAACGUCGCGAUUGUGGACCGGCGUACACCAGGUACCUCACACGAGUCCCUUCACUCGUUGGACCCCAAGGUUUUACGCUGUGUCAGUGUUCACCCGCUACAACAACAAUAUGUUGCCGUGGCCGAGAGCAGGGAGGUGAGCAUUUAUGACGCUCGGUGUUUGAAAAAGACGAGAAGCCAACCAGUCUCACAGCUCCAGGGUCACUCUUUAAGCAUAUCCAGCUGUUACUUCUCUCCAUGUACAGGCAACAGAGUGGUCACUUCUUGUAUGGACAACUAUAUUCGAAUAUAUGACACAUCCGCCAUGAUGACCGAAGCGCCCCUGAUGACAUCCAUCAGCCAUGACAUGAGGACUGGUCGCUGGCUGUCCAAACUAUCGGCCGUGUGGGACCCCAAACAGGAGGACUGCCUUUUGGUAGGCAGCAUGUCAAGGCCUCGCAGAGUGCAGGUGUUCCACGAGAGCGGUCGGCUUCUGCACAUAUUCAAAGAUGAUGAGCAUCUCAGCACGGUGCUGUCAGUCACGGCCUUCCACCCGUCCCGAAACGCCAUCCUGGGCGGCAACGCGUCCGGACGACUGCACGUCUUCUCAGAUUGACACUCCCUCCACUCCUGGUUGCCUUCAGAGUUUGACAAAGUUGUCGUUGGCGUUCAUUCCAAGUGACAGGCUCAAGAUGGCAGUGUUGGCAUACACGCUUCCUCGGCACAACAUUGCAUCUGCUCAAUCAUGAGAACUGGUUCGAAAAUGCUUCAGACACUGUUCGAGCCAUGAUGGUUUGGAAAACGCAUGCGCUGUAAAAUCAUCCCAUCAAUCAUACUUUGCGGUCUCCAUGGUGACAUGAACAGCAAUGAAACAUCUGCAGUCAAGGAAGAAGUCGUGGAGGUGAUUUGCCACUUGUU